AUGGCGGCGGCGGCGGACUUGGGGACGGCCGAGGCUCCGUGCGCGCUGCUGCUCGUGGUGGGCGGCGAGUGCGGGCGCCCGGGCCUGCUGGCCUUCGUGUUGGAGGAGCUGGAGCGAGGCAUCCGGUCCUGGGAUGUGUACCCCAGUAUCUGCAACCUUGAUGAACAGCUCAAAGUCUUCGUGUCUCGACACUCAGCCACCUUCUCCAGCAUCGUGAAAGGCCAGCGGAGCCUGCACCACCGUGGGGACGCCCUGGACACACUCGUCCUUCUCAACCCGUCGGACAAGUCGCUGUGUGAUGAGCUCCGGAAUUUUCUGCUGGAUCCUGCCCCUCACAAGCUGGUGGUACUAGCUGGACCCUGCCUGGAGGAGACCGGGGAGCUGCUGCUGCAGACGGGGGGCUUCUCGUCCCGCCACUUCCUCCAAGUUCUAGCGGACAGGGAGAUCGCGGAGCUCCUGGCCUCGGCACCCCCACCAUCCACCCUGCCCACACUCACCAUCACCUGCCCAACCUUUGGCAACUGGGCUCAGCUGGCACCCAACCUGCCAGGCCUGCUAGGUGCGCUCAAGCUGCGGCUGAACCCACCAGCACAGCUGCCGGCCUCCGAGGGCCUUCGUGAGUUCCUGGAGUAUGUGGCUGAGUCGCUGGAGCUGCCCUCACCCUUCGAGCUACUGGAGCCGCCAGCUGCCGUGGGUUUCCUCAAGAUUGCCCGGCCCUGCUGCUACGUCUUUCCUGGUGGCCUGGGCGACGCUGCCUUCUUUGCUGUCAAUGGCUUCACCAUUCUGGUCAAUGGUGGCUCAAGUCCCAAAUCGAGCUUCUGGAAGCUGGUGCGGCAUCUGGACCGUGUGGAUGCAGUGCUGGUGACCCAUGCUGGCGUGGACAGCCUGCCGGGCCUCAACAGCCUGCUGCGGCGAAAGCUGGCUGAGCGCGAGGCAGCGGCGGCCAGUGGUGGAGGCGAUGAGGGGCUGCGCAACCUCAUCUCACCUGAGCUGGGUGUCGUGUUCCUGAACACAGGUGUGGCUGGGAACUCCGUGGUCCAUGAGGCACAGCUGGUGCGCAGCGUGGAUGAAGUGCGGCUGGCACUGGGCCUGCUGGCUCGCCUGGGCAUCCCACCGCUUCCUCUGAGCCGAGGGCCACUGCCCACUGAGCCCACUGUGCUUUUCCAGAAGAUGGGUGUGGGCCGACUGGACAUGUAUGUGCUGCACCCCGCCUCUGAGGCUGCCGGGCGCAGUGCCGACUGCACGCUGGCCUCGGCCUGCAUCUUACUGGUGUGGCAGCCUGCUGGUCCCACGGAGAAGGUGGUGCGGGUGCUCUUCCCAGGCUGCACCCCUCCCGCACGCCUGCUCGAGGGCCUGGCCCGUCUGCAGCACUUGGGCUUCCUGCGAGAGCCCAUCGUGACACCUCAGGACCUGGAGGGGCCGAAGCGUGCUGAGAGCAGAGAGAGCGUGGGCUCCCGGGACAGUGUGCGGGGCCGGGAGCGCCCUGGGACAGCCCGCAAAGAGACCCCACGUGCUGAGAAGGAUGCCAAGCCACCCCUUCGAGAGGCCAAGAAGGACCCCAGACCUAGCACCCUGAGAACCCAGCCCCGAGAGGUGCGCCGUGGAGUCUCUGCCACCUCUGAUGUCAAGAAGACCAUGGUCCCAGGGUCAGCCAAGGCCCGGAAAGCACCUGAGAUACCAUGUCCAGCUGUGGAGAACGGGUCCCGCAGUCCCUCGAGCUUCCGCUGUGGUGAGGCCAGCCCCCCAGUGGUAGCGUGCAUGUCCCCGGGGCCCCCACUGGCAGCUACACCCAGCCUGGAGCGCAGCCUAGAGCUGGCCGCUGGCGAUGAGGGCUGCAGCUCGGAAGAGCAGACAUUGGAGCUGCUGUCCACAGCCAGCACGCCGCAACUGCGCACACCCUCUCCUGCCGGCCCCAGACGUGGAGUGCCCGCUGAGAGUGGUGGGCGGCUGUCACUGAGCCCACUGCGGUCCGGAGAAGCGGUGCCCGAUGCCUCGCCCACCGUAACCACGCCCUCACUGCCUGCAGAGGUGGGCUCCCCACACUCCACUGAGGUGGAUGAGUCCCUGUCUGUGUCCUUCGAGCAGGCGCUGCCACCGCCCCCUGCCACUGGUGAGCCUGGGCUGAGCCUCCCCCUGCGAGGUCCCCGGGCCCGGCGCUCAGCCUCCCCACAUGACGUGGACCUGUGUUUGGUGUCGCCCUGCGAGUUUGAGCACCGCAAGGUCAUUCCUCCUGCUACUGCACCCUCCCCUGGUGGCUGCUCCAAUGACAGCAGUGCCCGGUCCCAGGAGCGGGGCCCCGAUGGCCCAGGGCCUGAGGAGACACCACCUACCUCCCUCAGUGAGUCCCUGCCCACUUUGUCUGACUCAGAGCCCCUGCCUGCCAGUGCUGGCCCUGCGGACUCAGAUGAUGAAGACACUGAGAGCCUAGGCGUACCUCCUCGCCGCCGUGACCCACUGUCUGCCCCACUCAAGGACCCCCACCCACUGCCUGCCCCUCCCGGUGUCUGCAUGGUGGACCCCGAGCAAGCACGGCGGCUGGAGAGCCUUGGCCGUGCUCGGAAGCCCCUGUCCCGCACUGGCCCUGGGACUACAGGCCCCAAAGCUGCAGCGGUUGGCACUGCCAAAACGAAGGGUCUGGCCAGUGGGGAUAGGGCCAGCCGGUCACUCAGCACUCGGAGUGAACCCAGUGACAAGACAGCCCGGAUGCCCCUGACCAGAAAGGCCUCCGUGCCGAAGACAGCCACUGCUGCUCGAGGCCCACCAGGCACAGCUGGCAGCCGUACUGGUGGGUUGGCACCCUCACCUGGCAAUCCCAUCUACCUAGAUCUGGCCUACCUGCCCAGUGGGAGCAGUGCCCGGCUGGUGGACGCCGAGUUCUUCCGGCGGGUGCGUGCCCUGUGCUAUGUCAUCAGUGGCCAGGAUCAGGGCAAGGAGGAAGGCAUGCGGGCCCUGCUGGACGCGCUGCUGGCCGGCAAGCAGCAGUGGGGCCGUGAGCUGCAGGUGACCCUGAUCCCCACUUUUGAGUCGGCGACCAUGCAUGAGUGGUACCAGGAGACACAUGCAAGCCAGCAGGCGAUGGGCCUCACAGUGCUGGGCAGCAACAGCACAGUGGCCAUGCAGGACGAGACCUUCCCUGCCUGCAAGGUGGAGUUCUAG